UCCCGAUUUCGGGGCAGGAAAAAACAGCUCCUAAUCAUGAAACCCUCUUUUUAAUGCGCACAAACUCACGCACACACAGACGAAAUCACAGAAAUAAGAGAGAGUAGCUUAGUUUAAUUUCUUUCAAUGGCAUUUGCUUCUUCUUCAGCUUCCGUGCUUCGGCAAUCGAUUUCUACGCAUUCAGUCACUGCUUCCAAUGAGCCUAAAGCUCCAUGUAUUGGCUCACGUCUGCUGGAUCGACCAUUGGUUCUAUCACUAGCAGGGAAUUCUUACCAAAGGAAAUGCUUGGUAAAACCAAUUUGUGCAGAACAAAGAAAAAGCGAUUCGGUGGUUCCUCUAGCAACAAACGUUGUUGCUCCUGAAGUUGCCAAUGAGAUGGAGAUAGAAAAUUAUGAAAAAUUGGCACAUGAUCUUGAAAAUGCUUCCCCCCUUGAAGUUAUGGACAAAGCCCUUGAGAAAUUUGGUAAUGACAUAGCCAUCGCUUUCAGCGGAGCUGAGGAUGUAGCCUUGAUUGAGUAUGCACAGCUAACUGGUCGUCCUUUCCGGGUAUUCAGCCUGGAUACUGGAAGAUUAAACCCAGAAACAUACCAAUUUUUUGACACUGUUGAGAAGCACUACGGCAUUCGCAUCGAGUACAUGUUCCCUGAUGCGAUUGAGGUUCAAGCACUGGUAAGGAGUAAGGGGCUCUUUUCAUUCUAUGAGGACGGGCAUCAAGAGUGCUGUAGAGUAAGGAAGGUCCGGCCCCUAAGGAGGGCCCUGAAGGGUCUCCGUGCUUGGAUCACUGGUCAAAGAAAAGAUCAGUCUCCUGGCACAAGGGCAGAAAUUCCUGUUGUCCAAGUGGAUCCCUCCUUUGAAGGAACAGGUGGUGGAAUUGGGAGCUUGGUGAAAUGGAAUCCUGUGGCCAAUGUGGAAGGCCAAGACAUAUGGAACUUUCUCAGAGUCAUGAAUGUGCCUGUAAAUACCCUGCACGCGCAAGGAUACAUAUCAAUUGGAUGCGAGCCAUGCACAAGAUCAGUGUUGCCAGGGCAGCAUGAGAGAGAGGGCAGGUGGUGGUGGGAGGAUGCAAAGGCCAAAGAGUGCGGCCUUCAUAAAGGAAAUGUUAAACAAGAUGGCAAUGACGUUAUUGGUGCCCUAAAAAAUGGGAGUGGCGCUGCCACUGAUAUAUUCAACAGCCAGAAUUUGAUUACUCUGAAUAGAACUGGGAUAGAAAAUUUGGCCAGAUUAGAGAAUCGAAGUGAUCCGUGGCUUGUUGUCCUGUAUGCGCCUUGGUGCCAUUUCUGCCAGGCAAUGGAAGGAUCAUACGUUGAAGUGGCAGAGAAACUGGCAAGGGCUGGAGAGAUCAAGGUGGGGAAGUUUAGUGCUGAUGGUGAUCAAAAGGCAUUUGCAGAGAAAGAGCUGCAGCUGGGGAGCUUCCCCACGAUACUGUUCUUCUCUAAACACGCUUCCAAGCCCAUCAAGUACCCAUCAGAGAAGAGGGAUGUUGAUUCAUUGAUGGCUUUCGUGAAUGCUCUAUGGCGUUGAAAUUGAUUUGUCUCCACUUGGUUCCACUGCUUAGUGCUUAUGAGAGGUUAAAAGCAAAAUUGGGUCAUGGGGGUUAAUAGCGCGCUUGGUUGCUGCUUCUUCCAUCCCAACUUGCCACGCAUUGACGAAAUUAUCCUAAAGAUCGUGGUAUUGUACAUUUGAAUCCUGCAAGGUUUAUGCUUCUAGCCCAUUUUUUUUUUUUUGAAUUGGAAAAUCAAUAUGAUGAGAAUCAUCUUGUUGAAAAAAUUGUGCGUGGCAUAGCAUGGCAUAGCAUAGGUGGUAUUUUUCUUAUAGCAGCAUUACAAAUCAACAAAGUUGAGAAUUGAAUCUCAUACACACGUACGUCUUCAUUUGAUACAGAUACAAAUUAAUACAAGCAAGAUAUCUUAUUUCAA